AUGGGCAUGGCAGCCACAAGCUCACAACAGGAUCUGAGAUCCACUGGAUGUGGAGAUGAACCACAUAGGACAUUCACCAAGAAGCCAUGCACGGAGAACCUCAAGAGCAACGUGGUGAUGCUCGAGGCCUGGCGGCGCUUCCCCAUGGCGCAGCCCCGGAGCGCCAUCGUGGGGCCGCAGCCCGCCGACUGGUGGGGCAGCUACCUGAAGCGGACUAUCUGGUCUCUUCGGCACCCCAGGGCCGUGUGGAGCCCGGUGACCAUCAAGAUCACUCCCCCCGAGCAGAGAGGGCUCCCCGGCACCUCCCCGGCGCCGGCCGUCAGCCUAGCGGGGUUCUCACCCUCUGAGCAGCCCCCAGACCCACCUGCAAAGGAGACAGUGCUCAGGGUCCUCGGAGAGUACAAGAAAGGGAGACUGAGGCCGGGAGAGCCGCCGUCCCGGGCCCUGGAAAGGUCGGACGGUAAGAGGAGUCUAGCUGCCGGGUCGUCGGCAUUUAAGCCUCUGGUGAAGGGUGGAAGCCUCGCUUCCUUCGUGCCCAGUCUUGGGCCUCUGGGCUUGGACCGCAGCUUGAACAGGGGGCCCAGUUCCUCCCCCGCGAGCUCCUCGGCCGGUUCACACGCAGGCGGCCCGCUCUGCUCCAAAAGAAAUGCUAUUUCAAGCUCUUAUAGUUCCGCCAGAGAUUUCUCUGAGCCUUGGAAGAGAAGUGUUUCCUGUGCACCCUUCCAGAUGCCAGAGUGGCCAGUAAAAAAGAAAAAAGGUCAUCAGCGCCGCUGUCCAGUCCCACUGGCAUCAGAGGAGUCCCCAGCAGCGUCUGGCAGCAUUGGGCAGCAAAGUGAGGAGAUUCCACGGCUGCCCCCUAGCCCUGGGACCCCGGUGUCCCCUAGUCCACCUCCCCAGCUUGGUUAUGCAGUUCCUGCUGAGGACCUGGCCUUGGGGACAAAAGCUGGACUUCAGUGGAGCAACAAAAGCAGAAAGGAUACACUGGAGAUCAACACCGACCCUGUCCCUGGCACUCGGUCUGCAAACCCACCUUCCCAGUCUCUUACCCUGCCUUCUACAGGCACAGCUCCAACCCAGGGCACAAAUCCUCGGGUGGCAUCUCCGGGCCCGGUGGCCUCCGUAAAGUCCAUGCGAGAGGGAGUCAGUGUGGCCCACUCACCUCUGAAGACACCCAGCCUGCUGUCAGAGCCCCUUGCAGGCCCCUCUUCAGACUCAAAGCCCACAGCUGCUGUCACCCUUCUGACCCCUGUUUCUUCCACAUCACCAGUCACUGACACUACAUGGCCACCCUUGAUCUGUCAGGCUGACAGGCCUGCCAGGCCCCCAGGCCCACCUGCUAUUACCCCCGCAGUGCCCUCUACACAAAGGACUGUGUUUGGAGUGGUGAGACCAGCCCACCAUCUUUCUGCAUCUGCAUCUCCUGCUGCAACUUCUGUUGACCCCACAUCAAAACCCAUUUGGGGGUCCCCACCCAACAGUGAGCCUGGAGUCUCCUUACCUUCCGGGAUCUCAGUCACAGCUGCAGCAUGGUCACCUCCAGGCUUCUCAAUGCCCACCUUCAAACCCAUCUUUGGCAGCAUAGGACCGCUUCAAACGACGCCUGUGAUAGCUCCUUUCUCUUUCAAACAGACCUCUCCUCUAGUUCCUCCUGCUUCUACCCAUCUCUUCCAUGACCUGGUCAAAGCUACCUCUGUAGGCACCUCCACUACCCCAGUCAGCACAUCCAAAGACCCCUCUUUCAAGCCACCUCUGGAUUUUGGUGUAGUGGUUGUUACCAGUACCACAGGCAACACUUACUCAGUCCCUGUGCCUUCCACUUCUCACACUUUCCUCGUUGAGGCUUCCCCUGCCUUCAGGGCCGGCGUCUCCCCAGUCACGGGCUGCAUUUUCCCACCUCCCCAGCAUUCUGCCAUUCCUAUGGUAAAGGACUUUAACCAGGUUCUUCCCAGUGCUAUCCAGGUAUCCCCUAGUAAAAGCACUGUCAAUUUUAAGGGCAAGGACAGCCCUCUGCCGGCCUCAGCCCUCGUAACCACAAGCCAGCCAGCAUUAUCAUCCUGCAUCUCCAGUCCUACCUCAGCAUUCACACUUCCUUUGGCAUCAAACUCAAAGUUACCUUUUCUGCUAUCCCUGGGAGCCACUCCCCAACCUGCAUUUGGAGCUGCAGGUGGACAAAAGCAAGGGGCCACCCAACCAACCCUUAGCCCAAGCUUCAAUAGCUCUUCUGUUUUAGGAAACUCAGCAGUGGUAUCCCCAACCCCAACCCCAGCUCCAGCUCAGCCAGCCUUUAGCAUCCCCACACAGCCAGCAUUUGGGGUGUUGGCACCCUCAGCCUCCACCUUCCACAUCCCUGCCAGCCUCCAGCCAAAUGUAGGCAGCACCCCAGCAGGUUUUCCUUUUGGUCAAGCUAGUCCCACUGGUUUUGGAGUUGUCACCCAGACCCACCAGAGUGGAACUCGUGGCUCAGUGUUUGGCAGCACAGCCCCACGACCUUUUGCCUUCGGGGGAUUAGUGACCCCUAUGGACUGCGGGGAGCCUGAGGUCAGCAGGACUGUCCCAAACACGAGCUCCAGCUCUGGAGUGUUUUCCAUUGGAGCCAUGCCAAGUGGGGUCACUCGUAUCAGCACACCCUUUGGAAAAGGCUGGAGUCAGAACACCCAGGACCUGACCACCCAGAGCACCCCUUUGCCUUUGGGGAGGGCCAGCAUUUCUGCAAGAAAGAUUAUGUUUGGGCCUUCCCCCAUGGCCCCCUUAGCUCAGAGCAUCCCUGUCCCUAGACCACUUAACACAGGCAGUAGCUUUGGCUUUGGGAUUCCCUCUCCGCCUGCCCAGGCCUCCAUUGGGAGAGGGUCUUUCAGAUCAUCAGUCCCUUCAUUUUCCAUUGGUGCAAAACCAAAAACCCCAAAGAAUCGGGAGCAAGGGCAUUCCCGGAGGCAUCAUGCCCACAAGAAAUAG